CCGAGAACUAGUUGAAGAGAGUUUCCUUGAUGUCAUAUAUAUCCCUGCUCCUUUCAUUUUAAUUACCUGCCUACAUAUCUGAGGGCGUAUUUUUAUCCUCUUCUUCGGACUCUAUAGGCGACCAGGAAGGCUCUCUGGGUACAAAUAACCCUGUGCUGCCCAGGCUCCUGAGUCCAGCUGCUGACUGCUCAUCCCUUGCGCAAGCUCCCAGCUCCCAGCCACAAACACCAUGAAGCUGUCCCUGUGUGCCCUGCUGGUCGCCCUGGCCAUUUACUGCUACCAGGCUGACGCAGCCAUAAUUUGCCCAGCCCUUGCGGGAGAAUUGACUGCAUUUGUUGCCGGCACAGAAGAUGCCUAUAGACUAUACAUUGCUCAAUUUAAUGCCCCUGAGGCUGUUGUGGAGGACAAGAUGCGUCCGAAGGUCUGCCUCGAUGAAUCCGUGCCCGCUGAAGGGAGAGCACGAAUUGGAAGAUUUUUGGCGAACGUUGUUGCGGCCUGCAAGAAUGAAUUAUAACAAGUCUCCUAACUGUCGUCUAUGACUUGCAGUGUUCUAAUGAAUUUCAAGAAAAUGUCAAGGUUUCAAUCUCUCUUCUAAUAAAUUACUUUCUCGGCA